UCCAGGAAAGCUCUGAGGUUAGGGAGACCAGCGCAGCCAAAGAAGACAUGAGGAGUCUGUUGGCACUGCUGAUCGUGACUCUGGCCCUGGCAGAACUCUGCUGCUGUGAGAAAGAUCCCAAAGAACCCUCAGCAUCUCUCAGUGCUGACAGCAUCAAGAUUAAAAAAGAAGUUGCCAAUGCCUUUGUGAAGAGGAAGAAGAGAUCCAGCCCUUAUGAAUGGUACUUUGAGUAUUAUAAAAGUCCUCUGGAGCAGAUGCACGAGCGCUGUGAGAACUACCCCCCCUGUGACCUCCUCUCCGACCAAGUGGGGUUUGCCUUGGCCUACAACCGCUUCUUUGGGAGAUACUGAGCAUGGGAAGCUUUGGCUUGGAACACUCCAAACCCCACAGGGGAAAGAAGGCUGUGGUUGGGAAGGAGGGAAGGAAAACAUCUGGACUGGCAUCUCCUUCUGUUGCCUCCCUAACCAGCUGGAACAC